AUGAAAUUAGUAAAGAAUAAGAGUUAUUAUGAUAUAAUAUCGGGUCUAGCUGCUUUUGAAUGCUCACAUAAAGUUACACUAUCUGCAGAAGAAUUAAAAGAUUUAACAUCGAAAUCCAAAGAAAAAAAUCAAUCUUCUAAAGAUGAUAGCUCGAAACAAAAACACCAGUCAAAACAUCAUCAUAAAAAAAAUUAUUCCCAACCUAUACUCCAUGGUUACUUAGGUGGGAAAGUAAAUCUAAAGGAUGCUCAGUAUGACCUUUCUCAUAGUUUACUAGGAGGCUAUGUGCCCAAGCAUCAAUUAGAAUCUUUAUCGAGUACGGAUUUUUCCUAUUAUUUCCAUAAAUCGUUAUAUUGUGAAGAUGCUUUAGAUGUUUAUGAUUUAUUGGUAGGUAAUGAAUAUCGUCAAUUAAGAAAAAACAUCUCAACCGAAACAAAUCCAAAUAACUCAAUGGACGAUGAUGCUGAUGGUGCAAAAAAUACUAAUAAUAAUGUUAGAAAAGCAGUUAUUUGUAAAAAAUGCACUUCUAAAUUUGUUGGUAACUCUAGAAUGCGAGAAUUAGAAAAUCAUUCAUGUACAACUAUAUGA